GUCUUUCCCGAGUAGUUACGAUCUCACAAAAUGGGUCUGUCAUAAACCAUUCCACUGUAUACCACUGACAGUGUGUAUUGACGCCCAGGGCUGCGUUGUCAACUUUGGAUUAAUUACGUGACAGUAAUCUUAAUUUGUAUUUUGUGGAUACUAAAAUUAAAUCAAUGGCUGAACACAAGCGGGUUGUUGCUGUUGCGAUUGAUGAAAGCGAGUUCUCUGAAAAAGCUCUGCAAUGGUACGUGGAGAAUAUACGCCGGGACGACGACUAUGUGGUGCUGAUUCACACGCCGGAACUGUACGACCUCUCUAUGGCCAGUCCGGCCGUGGUCGAUCAGUUGCUGCGAGAACUGACCGAGAAAGUGAAGGCGCUUGAGGAGAAGUAUAAGAAAAAGAUCUUGGACUUGAAGAUGACUGGCAAAUUCCGCACUGGUCAAGGGAAACCCGGAGAGGUCGUGUGCAAAAUCGCCGACGAGGAAAAGGCAAGCCUGAUCGUUACUGGAACACGGGGCCUUGGCAAGAUCAGGCGGACAUUUCUUGGAUCCGUGAGUGAUUACAUCAUCCACCACUCCCAUGUGCCAGUUCUCGUCUGCAGACAUGAGCACCAUUGAUGACGUCACGGCGGUGUUUUUAUGACAUCAUAGCGAUUUGUUUUGUUAACGUCACAUGGUCUGUGGAUGCCUUGUGUCUAUUAAAAUCAAAUAUUUCGGAACCUAAAAUGACCAUAAUUAUUCUCAAAGCAGAAGCUACGUUUUUUUCCCAAAAUGAAUUAAAAAGUAAUCCUUUAUUUAAAGUAUAAUACAAAAAACUAAUCAUAACUCAAAAUAAUUACAUCCUUUGACUGAACAGUGAUUUUAUUUUCAAAAGCGGCACAUCAUAUUGGACCGAAAUGAGGCCCAAUCCAAAAAGAAAAAAGCGAUUCUCUUACCACGAUCAUUUAUACAUUUGAAAGGACCCAAUCCCAUUUUGAAACAAGUGCGCAAUAUAAUUGCAAUGAUUAUGACUUCAUUUAUUGUGUGGUGCUUUUGAUGAAAAAUAAGGUUGAUUGGUCCUUGUCACCUUUGCUGCUUUAGUUGAAGGCUCCAUUGAUUGUGCAUGUUUUUUCAUGACGUAGGAAUUUAUUGUAGAUGCUCUCUUGUGGUGUAGUCGUCAAUAUUGCAGAAUGUAGAGUAAAAGCUCUGUAAGAGUUCAUUUUUCGUCGUUAUUUAAUGACAGCUAGGGGUCUAUGGAAAAACUCAUUUUCUACGUAGUGUUUAGCAUCCAUAAACAAUCCUCACAGCAAAUAUCUAACGAUAUUCGAAAUUCUAAUUUAAUAUUGUUAUAUAUUUGGAUUUCCUCUCAAUACAAGAUUUACAAUAAGAAAGUUUCUUUUUGUUGAAGUGUUGUUUAAAUGCUAUUUUAGUUAUAUGUAUUCCGUAUGAGUCAUUCCGUUGUUCAUAUCGAUGGUAUUUGUUUAUGUAUACAACAUGUACUUGUAUCUAUGUACAAAAUAGUUGAAAAUACGUUAUGUUUAUAUUCCAGAAAGUUUCAUACGCCUCGUAUUCUGUUAGAUUUAUAAGCUGAUGUAAAUGAGAAAUAAAAAAGAAUGUACCAACA